CCCUAACAUCACUCACAGCAUUUGGCUUCUGCUUGGUCAGAAUACAUUUCCUUCUUAAGUUAACUUUCAGGACUUCACGAACGAGUGGUUUUACAGUACCAGUUAGGUGGUUCUUCUCUGACAACAUGUGCACUGGAAAAUGCUCCCGUUGCAUUGCUGUUACUCUGUACCCAUUAGCGGUCAUAUCCAUCAUCUGUAACAUUGUGUUGUUCUUUCCUGGUGGAGACAUCAAGUAUGCGAAAGAUGGACAUAUUACUGAGGAGGUGAAAUACAUGGGGGGUCUCGUUGGAGGGGGCAUAAUGGUGUUGAUCCCAGCACUUUAUAUCCACUUGACUGGACAAAAGGGGUGCUGUGGGAAUCGCUGUGGGAUGUUCUUAUCAAUUGCAUUCGCUGCAGUGGGUGUGGCCGGUGCCCUGUAUAGUUUCACUGUGGCAGUGCUCGGUUUGCAGAACGGGCCCCUCUGCAAAGUCUUUGUGGUUUGGAAAAUGCCUUUUAAAAACAGUGACUACAAUUACCUGACUGAUGAUACACGGUGGAGAGUCUGCACAGAGCCCGAGAACAUUGUCCAGUUCAACAUUGGAUUGUUCGGUACUCUGCUGGCCACAAGCUGUCUGCAGGUGAUUCUCUGUGCGAUUCAGAUGAUCAACGGGCUCUUUGGCUGCCUGUGUGGAACCUGCAGCAACAAAGGGCCACUGUGAGUUCCUGACAGUUGACUGGGGCCCCCUGCUGGAAGACUGAGGGUAGUCUUCCUGUCUGUAUAAAACAUUUGGUUAGAAAUUGUAGCCAUCUCUGUUUGACAAGAUUUUUAUAUUUUUGUGGGUAUGUCAUGAUGCUUCAAACUCUGUUAAAUUAACCAACACAGAAAAUAAACUGCUACUUUUAUUGUACUUAAAAUAAAAUCCAGGACAAGGUUCA